CACGCAGCUGGGACGGACGGACGGAGGAGGACGCUGAGGUGCCCACGGGCUUGGUCUUCCUCUGGACCAGGCUCAAGGCUACUCUGGAUCCUGCCUCUCCCUGCCUCCUCACUCCAAGACAGAGCUUGCCCUCAGCCCUGAUCAGUCCCUGAGCUCCAGGCCAACCUCAAAGCACUUCCAAGGAGUCCGGGGACGGAACCACAGCCCACUCUGGCCGUAAAUGUUGUCUGCCUGGAAAAGACCCGUGUUCUUGUUCUCUCAUGAGGACCUGGAGCCCACCUCAGCCCCCUUCAGUGCCGGGAUGCUCAACGUCACCUCGACAGUCCUGGUGCCCGCUCUGAACGCGACCCUCGCCCCAAGCAAAGACUGCCCCCAGUCGGAGUGGUGGAGCUGGUUCAACAGCAACCAGGCCCCCUUCCUCUGGGCCAUCUUCAUCCUGGCCUCGCUCGAAAACAUCUUCGUCCUCAGCGUCUUCUGCCUGCACAAGAGCAGCUGCACGGUGGCAGAGAUCUACCUGGGCAACCUGGCGGUGGCUGACCUAAUCCUGGCCUGCGGGCUGCCCUUCUGGGCCAUCACCUUGGCCAACAACUUUGACUGGCUCUUCGGCGAGGUCCUGUGCCGCGUGGUCAACACCGUGAUCUACAUGAACCUGUACAGCAGCAUCUGCUUCCUGAUGCUGGUGAGCAUCGACCGCUACCUGGCGCUGGUCAAGACCAUGUCCAUGGGCCGCCUGCGCGGCGUGCGCUGGGCCAAGCUCUACAGCCUGGUGGUGUGGGGCUGCACCCUGCUGCUGAGCUCGCCCAUGCUGAUGUUCCGCACCAUGAGGGACUACAACGAGGAGGGCCACAACGUCACCGCUUGCAUCAUCGCCUACCCGUCUACCACCUGGGUGGUGUGCACCAACGUGCUCUUGAACCUCGUGGGCUUCCUGCUGCCCCUGAGCAUCAUCAGCUGCUGCACCGUGCACAUCCUGCGCGUGCUGCGUAACAACGAGAUGCAGAAGUUCAAGGAGGUGCAGACGGAGCGGAAGGCCACCAUGCUGGUCCUGGCGGUGUUGCUGCUCUUCGUGGUCUGCUGGCUGCCCUUCCAGGUCAGCACCUUCCUGGACACCCUGCACCGACUGGGGCUCAUCUCCAGCUGCCGGGACGAGCACAUCAUCGACGUCUUCACGCAGAUCGGCUCCUACCUGGGCUACUGCAACAGCUGCCUCAACCCUCUGGUCUACGUGAUUGUGGGCAAGCGCUUCCGCAAGAAGUCCUGGGAGGUGUACAGGGGGCUGUGCCGGAAAGGGGGCUGCGGGCCGGAGCCCCCCAACAUCGAGAACUCCCUGGGCACACUGCGCACCUCCAUCUCGGUGGACCGGCAGAUUCACAAAGUGUCUGAGUGGGCGAGGGGCAGCCAGUGAGAGGU